CAUUUUCCAAGAAUACAAGGAGGCAAGCAAAAAAGCACAAGUUUGGUUCCACUUCCCAGUGCAGUAGCAUUUUUCGAGUUUUUCGAGUUUCUGAGUUAAGCAAAGGGCAAAAAUGGGAAUUUGGGACUUUAUAAGCUCCGGCACAGAAUCGGUGAAACGGAACUCACCGGAUCUAGCAACUCCGGUGACGAAGGUAUGCAAAAGUACCUAUUAUUACAGUGCUGCCGCCGUCAGAAUGAUCGACAACGUCGUUCGAGUUAACGGCGUGCAGAAUCUGGGUCCGUACAUUUACAUGCCUGAUGAAGAAGGCAGGGCUAAAAUCGUCAAUUUCAGUGCAAAAUUCGUCAAAAAUGCUUCCGUUUAUGCCGUCAAAGAAGCAGCCAACAUCUUCCUUCCUGGUGGAAGAGCAGUCUCCCAAAUUUACUCUCAAACAGUCCGCGAAAUGGAAAUUGAGUCUAAAAAGAAUCAAAACACGUUGUGCGACAAGGAAAUAACUGGCAAUUCGAGUAAGGAUACCAGUAGUACCGUUCCUCCGGGAUUGCUCGAUGGGCCAGAGAUGCUGGAAAACAGAGAACUGCAGUUAAGUUCUGAAAAUAAAGUUCAGGUUGAUUCAUUUGCACAUCAAACACCUGAAGAUGUCCUACGAGUUUUCAUGAUGAAGGAAUUUAGUGGCUCUCGUUAUCUGGACAAUUUGCUGGUUCCUGAUCAUCGACAACAGAAGAAAGAUUCUAGUGGGAGUAAAAUCAUUAAGGAAGGAUCAAAGGAUCAAUCGCCUUCACGUCCUAGACUUGACAAACAAGAUUUUACUGUCAUGAUGGAGGAGAUGCAAGCAAAGAUGGAGAAACUUCAGGAUGACAUGAACAACAUGAAGCAGCAAAAUGAGGUGUCAGUUAAGUGUACCAACGGAUUAGAUUCCUUCGAGUUCUCUGACGAGCCUAUCAAGAGUUCAACGCCUACAAAAUCUAAACCAAAAAAGGUUUUAAUUCGUUCUCGAAUGUAGAAAACAGUAAAAUCAUGGCAAUGAGGAAGCUGCACUUUCAUCUUUCUUGACAAUAUAGGUUGUGCUUCUGUAAUUUUCUUGUGAUUUGUGUUAUUAUAACUGUAUAAUACAUGUAUUAUAUGAUCAUAUAGAAGUAUUAAACUGGUACUAUGAUGUGCUUAACCACAUUGCCUGAUGUUACUUA